AUGACGUGGCUCAAGAACGUCAACCCUACCCCUUCGUUUCCAGCAUACACGGGACCCCACAAAGUCGGCUCCAUAGAUGUGGAGAUUCCUACGGGCGAUCUGGAGAAUCCUAGUGUCGAUGGGCCGCCAGCGGAUCUGCCCACUGUGGCGUUUAGAGUGUUCUACCCGUGUAGACAGGAUAGCGAGCAGAAGCCUGUGAAGUGGAUACCGAACCCGCAGAGAGAAUACGUCGCUGCAUAUGCGCGCUUUUUGGGGGCGAAUAGCGCAUUUGCUGGCAUUUUUUCACUGUUUCCUCAGCUCUUGCAAUACACCUCGAUACCCGUUCACCAAAACGCCGAUGUCCUCGAGCCCCCCACAAAGUCCAAACGCUGGCCUGUAAUGAUGUUUUCCCACGGUCUUGGUGGCUCACGAAAUGCAUACUCACACAUCUGCGGCUCGCUCGCCAGCCAUGGAAUCGUCGUAGUAGCACCAGACCACCGCGACGGCAGCUCACCGAUAAACUUCAUCCACACGUCCGACGCGAAAGAGAAGCCCAAGCGCAUAGAUUACAGGCGAAUCGACCACAAGCCCUCAACCGACGUCUACAACGCCCGCGACGAGCAACUCCGCAUUCGACUCUGGGAAAUGGGGCUCAUCCACGACGCGCUGCUCAAGAUCGACACACGUCAGCGGCUGAAAAAUGUGGCCGAAGACGCAACCAAGAGCAGCGGAAAGGACAUGCUCACAAUGUUCUCGCACCUCCUGUCCGUCCACGAGCCAGGCUCCAUCAGCUUCGCAGGCCACUCCUUCGGCGCCGCAACCACGGUGCAAUUCGUCAAAUCCGUCCACUACACGCCGGACAACGCGCCCGCAUCCUACAAGCCACUCUUCGUCCCGCGCGUCUCAUCCACGUUGAAACAGCAAAUCACACCGCAAAACCCAGUCAUCCUCCUCGACCUCUGGACCCUCCCCAUACAAAGUCCCAACACGGCCUGGCUGCGCAACAAACCCAUGCCCUCGUACUCCUCCCCCGACGGCGGCACCAGCAUUCUCGCCAUCCUCAGCGAAGGCUUCUACAAGUGGACCUCGAACCUGCACGAAACGAAGCGCAUCAUCGCCAAACCGCCCACCGCCCCUGCUUCCCAACCAGGCCCACACGUCUUCUACCCAAUCGCGAGCGCGCACCUCUCGCAGUCAGACUUCGGCAUCCUGUUUCCCUGGGCGACAGCCAAAGUCUUCGGCGCCAAAGAGCCAGAGCGCGUCCUACGCCUCAACACCCGCGCCGUGCUGCAGGUGCUGCGCAACAGUGGUGUCGAGGUCGCGCGCACCAGCGUUGCGGAUCUGGAGUUCGAGGGCGUCGAGCACGAUAAGCCGAUUGACAAUGACGAUGGCAUACUGAGUACCAGGCGCGAUAGGGUUAGGGGGUGGGUUAAUAUUGGGGACCAGGCGCAAGGGGAUGCUGGGUUAAGUGAGGCCACUGUUGGUAUGGGGCCUGGCGAGGCGAUGCUGCAGGGUGAGGCGUUUGGGCAGGCGGUGGACGGCGGUGCGAGGUAA